AUGAGACUCUUUUCCUUAAUUGUUGCUGGGCUUGCUCUUCUCAUCCUACUUUACCCAGCAAGAAGCACAUUCUACAGAAGGUUCCUCUGUAAAAAGAUGAAUGGCCGGUGUGAAAUUGAGUGCCUUACUUUUGAAAAAAAGAUUGGGACCUGCCAAGCCAAAGGAACACCACUGUGCUGCAGAGAAAGAAAGAAACACUGA